AUGGUGGCCACAGACUAUUUCACAAAAUGGAUUGAGGCCAUACCUACUAAACACGCAACUAGUAAAGUUGUCAUUGAAUUUUUAAUGGAUAAUGUAUUAACAUGGUUUUGUGUGCCUGUGAAAUUGAUAAUGGAUAAUGCUAUGUGCUUCAGGUCAAAGGAAUUCACAAAAUUCUAUGCAAGUUAUGGAAUGAAUAUGUCAUAUUCCUCACCAUAUCACCCACAGGGAAAUGGCCAAGGAAAAUCAAGUAAUAAAAGUCUCUUGAACAUCAUUAAGAAUAUUCUUGAACAAAACAAGAGAUCUUGGGAUCAAAAGCUCAAGUUAGCUUUAUGGGCAGAUAGAAUUACUGUGAAGAAGGCCAUUGGUACAUCUCCACUUGAACUGGUGUAUGGAAUACAGACCAAAGUACUUGUAAACAAUCUUCUCCCUAUAUACAAGUUCUUGCAAGCUGAAGAGUUGGAAUUGUCAGAACCCAUGGAGGAUAGAAUGAUCCAAUUGGUAGAAUUGGAAGAAAUGAGAACUAUGGCUCAUAAAAGAAAUCUGAAAAUCCAAUUGCAGUAA